CUCAACGAUAGGACGCUCAUCGAUCCGGUCAAGAUCAAGUACAUCCUCGGCUCCCAGGUCGGCCCACUAUCACGGAUACUCGGCGGGAUUCGGAUCGACAGCGUCCGCGUCAGCCAAAAUCGCGAGGAGAAGAAGCGUCGUGCCCGUGAGAAGAAGGCGAGCGAGGAGAAUGCGAUUGCCCGAAAGCCCGUCAACGAUUAUGGCAGCAUUGCCCCGGAGCAGCGGAGCAGAAGCCACAGCAAGAGCGAGCGGGGAAAGAGCGCCGAGAAGAACCAUAUAAUCAUGCCCAACGGCAGCUGCCGAGAGGAGCGACCAGCGGCGAUAAUAGUCGGCGGCUACACCGAAAUUGAUGAGCCGGUAUCAAAAACACCCUCCGGACCUCGGAUAGACGACCGCGCGGCCCGGCAAAUGUUCGCCUGCGACCCUUCACAAUUGCCGAAGGAGAUGUCGUUUGAUGUGUAUGAUGAAACACAGCUGCCAGUUUCGGAUCGGAUGGCUCCGCCGGUGCCAAUCCUGGUGAUGCAGCCGUCGUCUAAUUCCCUCUUCGAGACCUCACAACUCCCCGAUCACAACCCAGACUCCGAAGCCUCAAGCGAUGAUGAAGCCGAGGUUGCGCCGGUCACCAAGCCUCCGCGAGAUACGGUAACGGAAGUACAGGUCGAAGAAGCGCCAGAAGACGAGGGAUAUGCCUAUGAACGAUUACCAGAAGAAGAUAUCCAUGCCACUGCCCCA